GAAAAUACACAAAAUCACACAAAGAGGUUGGUUCAAGAUGCGGAAACACGGCAGGAUGAUUUUCAAAUAUGUAAUUUAGCGGAACUUCUGAUAACAAAACAAUGGAGUGUUUAUAUCCACUGAACAUGCUUCUGGAUAGCCUUAAACCAAUACUCCUGUGUUGCUACAUCUACAUCCCCAUAGUGAGCUCCCAAGGUCGUUUCCCAAAACUUGAAAAUAUUGGUGCUUUUAAACCUAUCACCACAACACCGGCGGAGGCAACUUGUGGUUCACCAGAGAGAAGUGUCUUUUGUCAAAGUGAUAUCCAUAUAAAAACCAUUCAGACUUGUACCCAGCGCCUGUGUAUUCAAGAAUGCCCGCACAGAUCAAAAACGCCAACCCAUCGCCAACUUCUUCAAAGUGGCCUUAGCAAUUGUGUUAAACUGGACCAAAACGAUCUGCGCCCUUCGACCAAAGGCAACGCUACUAGUUUCAUUUUCUACGACCACAGAGAUUGCUUUGUUGCUCCAUCCACGCCGAGAACUGGAACGUCAUUCACUCUGACAGUGUGGGUGAACCCCGAGCGAGAAGGUGUAAUGUGUGUGAUAGAAAAGUCUGCUGAUGGGCAGAUUGUGUUCAAACUCACAAUCUCGGAGAAAGAGACUGCGUUUUAUUAUCGCACAAUAAAUGGUUUGCAGCCUCCUGUAAAAGUAAUGACACAGGGGAGAUUUCUUGGGAAGAAAUGGAUUCAUCUCACUGUGCAGGUGCACCAUAUCAAGAUUAAUUUUUUUAUGGACGGACUGGAGGAUGAUGGGAAGGCAUUUGCAUCAAGACUCCUCAAUGACCCUAUACUGGAUGAUGACAACAGUUCUAUUUUACUUGGACAAACUUACAAUGGGUCGGAACAAUUUGUUGGAAGAAUGCAGGAUUUUCGGGCGUACCCAGUGGCUCUUACAAACAGAGAAAUUAUGGAGGUCUAUUCCGAAGAGCUUCCAUAUUUGCACAUCCAGUCAGAGUGUCGUUGCCCCAGCAGCCAUCCGCGCAUACACCCAUUGGCUCAGAGGUUUUGCAUCCCAAAUGGAGUUGAGAAAUCAACCGGAGAUAAAAUUUUAAGAGUAAAUCCAGAUGCACACCCUGUUUCUUACAUGAACGACAAUGAUCUGGAAACCACGUGGAUCUCUUCAUUACUUCCAUCUUUAAACACUGAGGAAGGCAUUAUUAUUACAUUGGACUUUGUUAAUGGACAAUAUCAGGUCUUUUAUGUCAUUAUCCAGUUCUAUAGCCCAUUGCCUCAAACAUUGAAGAUUCAGAAAAAGAAAGACAGAGAUUCGCUGUGGGAAGACUGGCAAUAUUUCGCUAAGGAUUGCCAAUAUUUUGAAAUGGAGAACAACGGUGUCCUGAAGUUUCCAGACUCUGUCAAUUGCCAGCAGAUACCUAAGCAUGCACCAUUUUCUCGAGGAAACGUAACCCUUAGCGUCCUUACCCCUGAACCCAACCAUCGCCCGGGGUACAAUGACUUCUACAACACCCAAAGUCUUCAAGAGUUUGUUAAAGUUUCCCAGCUGAGGAUUCACUUGAUGGGCCAGUAUUACUCCGAGGGGUCUGAAGCCGAAGCCGUUCCCUACAGACACAGAUAUUAUGGAAUCAAUGAAAUUACUAUAAGUGGAAGGUGCAAUUGCAAUGGACAUGCUGAUUACUGCGAUCAAAGUGUCACCCCGUACCGCUGCCUUUGUGACAUUAACAGCCACACCUAUGGAGCUAAUUGUGAUCGAUGUUUGCCACUAUUUAAUGACAAGGCUUUUCACCAAGGAGACCAAGUCAAUGCAUAUAACUGCAGACUGUGCCAAUGCAAUAACCAUGCAACCAAAUGCCAUUACAAUGCUACAUUAGACCCUUAUCCACAUGACCAUGACCAAGGAGGGGGAGGAGUUUGUGAAGAUUGUUCUCACAAUACAACAGGGCAGCACUGCCAACUGUGCAAGGAGCAUUUCUACCGAGGAGCUGGAGAUGAUCCCGCUGCCAUCGAUGUUUGCAAGCCUUGCGCCUGUAACGAGGCCGGGGCAAUGGGCAAGAACAUUCCUUGUCAGCAGAUUGGUGGUCAGUGCAAAUGCAAAAUGUAUGUUUUCGGAAGACAGUGUGAUCAGUGUAUGGAUGGAUACUAUAAUCUGACAAAGUCCCAGGCUGAAGGCUGCCUUCCCUGCAGAUGUAGCAGUUCGGGCACGCGUAUUGGAGAUGUAACAUGUGACCAGUAUUCGGGGCAGUGCAAGUGUAAGCCAAAUUUUACUGGUCUUCAAUGUGAUCGUUGCAACCUGGGCUUCAAACUACAAAACACAUUCGGGGAGGAGAGCUGUGUGCCAUGCCUGUGCAACACAUACGGAUCCAUCAAUCAGUUCUGCAAUCCAAUCAGCGGCCAAUGCAAAUGCAAAGUGGAUGUCAAAGGUCUUCUCUGCAACAAAUGCCCUGACAACUAUUAUGGGCCCGAUGCUCUUGGUUGUAAGCAAUGUGAUUGUAACCAGGAUGGAAUUAUCCCCGGGACAAUUUGCGAUGUCGAGACAGGACAAUGCGCUUGUAAGCCUAACAUUGGUGGAAGACAAUGCAAUGAAUGUGUGGAUGGGUACUACAAAGUACAGCUGAAAAACUCUUGUUUGCCCUGUGAUUGCGAUGUUUCGGGCACAAUUAACCAUUCUCAGUAUUGCGACAAGUCAACGGGACAAUGUUUCUGCAAACCGUUUGUAACAGGUCAGAAAUGCAACAUCUGCAUGUCCCACAAGUAUAAUCUCAGCAUCUUCAAUCUUCUUGGUUGUCAGGAUUGUGACUGUGACCCGCUUGGGACAUUAGUAGGCACCCAGUGUGAUCCUAUUAGUGGGCAAUGUAAAUGUCUUCCAAAUAAUCAAGGGAGAAGAUGCAACCAGUGCAAGAAAGGUUUCUAUUUAUCGAAUGCCCAGGGCGAGGGGUGCAUUCCAUGUUCUUGCCACCCCAAGGCAUCAUAUAAUGAGACCUGCACGGAUUUAAAUGGUCAGUGCUACUGCCAUGAUUUUUCAGUAACCGGUCAAAAAUGUGACGAAUGCAAGGAUUUCUUUUUUGGAUUUGAUCCAGAAACAGGAAGAUGUGAAACCUGUGACUGUGAUCUGGCUGGGGCAAUAAGUGGCAGCUGUGAUUCGCUAACAGGCCAGUGUUACUGUAAGAUGUUUGUGAGAGGACUUCGAUGUAACCAAUGUAUGGAGGACUCUGGGGGCCUUGACUUCCAAAACCCAUUUGGCUGUAGCAAAACUCCCUAUCAACAACCCCCUCCAAAUGGGUAUAUUCUGAACAGCACAUCUAUUGCCCUCUCCUGGAACCCUCCAGAUUCUCCCAAUUCCAAUAGGAUAACCUACGAGUUAUAUCGAGAUGGAUAUCAGAUCAGCCAACUUAUGGACUUUUACCCUUAUGGUGCUCAGACGUUUGUGGACAAUUCUCUGUUGCCUUACACUUUCUACUCGUAUCAUAUUGUAACAAGCAAUGUUUAUGGAUCUACCAGUAGCGACAAAGUGACCUACAGAACCAAAGCUGGAGCCCCAGUGGGAGACAUCUAUUUAUACCACUUCAGCACCACUUUUCCACCUUCCGUCUAUCUGAACUGGACUCUCACAUCCAACGAUUCUGGCCCCAUAGAAACAUUCAGAUUAACACAAUCAACGGCUGAUGAACACAAAGUCAUUUAUGAAGGACCUGGAAAUUCUGUGACUCUUUAUAACUUGUCUCCGUUCACCAAGUAUCUUUUCUCUGUACAAGCUUGUACCACUGAGGGAUGUUUGCUCAGCUUGCCAGUGCCUGUAGUAACACCCCAAGCCCCCCCAUUAUAUCAAAGUCCUCCAAGCUUACACAACUGCAGCUCCACAUAUAUCUUUUUACAUUGGUCUCCACCAUCCCAAGCAAAUGGCAUUGUUAUAGCAUACGAACUAUACAUGAGAGGCUUAACGGAGACAACUGGGAAUCCUACACCACCUGAAAGACGUGUUUUUCAUACCACCGGUUGGCUGAACCCUCAGCCAGUUGUGGAGUCGGAAAAUGAAAAUGCUUUAUUGCCACCUGCUACCGGCACAACUGUCGCGAAUCUAGAGCCAAAUACGGAGUAUGAGUUUUGCAUUGUGGCAACUAAUAUGGCUGGAAGUACUGCCUCGGAGUGGGUAACUCUGAAAACUGCUGAAUCAGAGCCACUCUCGAUGCCAGCUCCAAGUAUUCUGCCACUUACAUCGCACUCUUUAAAUGUGACGUGGGUAAAGCCCAACAACAGUGCAGCGAGAGGAGACAUUACUGGCUACACGAUCAAUGUUUCAGAAGAGGAUGUGACUAACAAGGAUGGGAUGUUUGAGGUGUUAUAUGUGGCCGAAGAUCAUGAAUUAUUUCAUGUAGCAACAGGAUUAAAACCUUACCGUUCGUAUUCCUUCACAAUUACUCUGUGCAACAAAGUCGGCUGUGUGACCAGUGUGCCCGGUGUGGGGAAGACUUUAGCAGCAGCGCCAUACAAAUUAAAUGCACCACUAGUGCAUGGGAUCAAUAGCACGACGAUGAAGGUUUCCUGGGCGCCACCUGUGUUCCUUAAUGGCCCUUCGCCAACCUACCAGCUAGAGAGGAUCGACCCUGCAUUAACAAUCACAAGUGCAACCAACUUUAUCAAGGGAACCCGCUUUCCUGGGGCCGGAUACUUCAAGUUCCCUCCGUCUACGUUGCCGAUGAACACUUACUUCACAGGCAUUAAACUACAGUUCCGAACCAAGGAACCAGACGGGCUGAUCCUCUGCGCUGCGUCAGCGGGAAUGCAGGAAGAAUUCGUCGCUCUUCAAAUCAGCAAUGGACGUCCUUACUUUCUUUUUGAUCCACAGGGCUCAGCAGUGGCUGUAAGUCCCACAAACGAUGGAGGAAGAGUCUAUAAUGAUAACAACUGGCAUGAAAUAAUUGCUGUAAGAAAUCAAGCCAAUGGCACCAUCACUGUGGAUGGCCUAUACACAGGAUCUUCUUCUGCCACAAGCGGAAGCACCAUCAUUGGGGAGAUGACUGGAAUCUUUGUUGGCGGGUUUCCAAAUGAUUUUUUAAUUGAAAGAAAUGAUAAAGGCACUACACAAAUCAAUAGGAAACAUUUUGUCGGUUGCCUUGGGGCAGUUUACAUACAGCGCAGUGGCAAUCCUCUGGAUAUCUGGGAGGCUUUAGACUGGGAUGAAGCUGAAGAAAAAAAUAAUGUUUAUGACAAAUGGGAGGGCUGCCCUGAGACAUCUGAAGAAGGAGCACAUUUUCUUGGAUUUGGUUUCCUUGAGCUUUAUCCUUUUGUAUUUCCUCGGGGUCCCAAUUUUGAAAUAUCCUUCAUGUUUAAAACAGACCAAUUGAAAGGGCUCCUUCUGUUUAUAUACAACAACGACGGUCCGGAUUAUUUUAUGGUUCAGCUACACAAUGGAAUCCUGAGCGCCAUGAUUAGGACACAAUCCAGCCUUCUGCAGUUAAAUCUCUGGGCAGGUCUAUCUUACUGCGAUGGGAGAUGGAACAAAGUGCAUAUCAAGAAAGAGCACACCUUAUUCCUACUACAACUAAAUAACUUAGUAGACAAAGUAGAGGAACUUGACAACUUGCGGAUGGAAAUACGAGUCAAUUCGGCAGUUUAUAUUGGCGGUGUGCCGGAGCAUGUCCAAGACUCCUUUCCCGAUCUCGAUUUGCAACAAGGUUUUGGGGGCUGUAUGAAAGAGAUGCAGCUUACAGAAGGCUUUGUUAACUUUGCAACUGCCACCCAUGAUGCUGUAAGAGUUAAUCUGGAUGGCUGCUUAUUGACUGACAGCUCUGUUAGCUGCAGAGGGAAUGACUCCAUCAUUGUAUAUGGAGGGGAAAGUCAAGAAGUCUAUGACAAUGAGCUCCAGCCAUUUACAGAAUAUUUAUAUAGAGUGAUUGCUUCAAAUGAAGCAGGAUCGGAAGCAAGUAGUUGGAGUCGAGGGCGUACGAAAGCAGCUGUUCCACAGCACGUGAAUGUCGAUUUAAGAGCCAUGCACAUAAGUGGAUAUAGUGUGGGUGUAACCUGGACAAGACCUACUGGGGUCAAAGGUAUCAUUGAAGAAUAUAUUCUAAAAGCUUAUCCUGAGCACAGUCCUAACGUAUCUGCCGUAACGGCAACAUUUCCGGAUGCAAGUAAUGGCACCCUGAAAGGCUUGCUCCCCUUCAGCAAGUACGCCGUAACUCUCUCGCUCUGCACCUUGGCAGGGUGCAGUGAAAUGCCGACCGUUCUGCGCAUCUCCACUCUUCAGGAAGUUCCAGAAGAAGUCCAGCCGCCCAUUGCAGAGCCGUUUCCAUAUUCAUUACAUUUACAUUGGUUGGAACCCAGGAAACCAAAUGGAAUUAUAACCCAAUACAUACUGCAUAUGAAUGGAACCCAAAUAUACAUAGGAAACGGGACGGAGCACAACGUUACCGCCUUGACUGCUUUUACACCGUGCUACUUUUUGCUGACUGCCUGCACUCUGAUUGGCUGUACCAACAGUUCCCAGAUAACCAUCUUUACAGCUCAGCUGCCACCAGAUUUUGUGUCUCCGCCAAUUCUUACAGUCUUGGAUGCUACAAAAAUCUUUGUGCGAUGGAGGGAACCCAGGAGAAGCAAUGGCCUCCUGGAACGGUACAUUCUACAUAUCACUAGUAACCCGAAGAACAGAAGUUGUUGGCAAGUCAUCUACAAUAGCUCUGAGCUUUUUUUAGAUUAUACCAUUCAAAAUCUGAUACCAGGAACAAAGUAUUUCAUCAAGUUAAGCGCAUGUACUCAAGGCGGAUGCACGACAAGCAACAUUAGUGUGGCCAUGACAGAGGAGAGCUCGCCGGGAGGUGUCCAGACUCCUACAAUCCAGUCAUAUUCACCUGAGUCUUUGAACAUUUCUUGGUUGAAACCUCUGCACCCAAAUGGCAUAAUCACAAGCUAUGCACUAUAUAUGGAUGGCAUUCUGGCGCAGAAUUCCUCAGAUCUUAGUUAUUUCGUUGAUGGUCUCUCUCCCUGGAGCAAGCAUUCUUUUCAGCUACGAGUGUGCACUGCAAAAGGCUGUACCCUUAGCAAAAAGGUUGAUGCUUACACUCAGGAGUCGCAACCAGAGGGAAAUGUUCUGCUACAUGUGAUCAUUGAUGGGCCAAGAGGGGUUCAGAUAAAGUGGCAGGGCCCCGGAAAACCCAAUGGACAAAUCACAUACGCUGUUAUUUUCAAUGGAACAUUUUACACAAAUGAAGAUGGUGGUGAGACUUUUCCUGUCGUUAAUGGUCCAAACAUUUUGCACCGCAGUCAAGAGAGCAACAGAUGGGUCUUUAUCAGUGGUCUUGUUCCUUAUUUAAACUAUAGCAUUUACAUAAAUGCUUCUAAUAGUAAAGGAUACGUAAUAAGUGAUCCCAUCCUGGUAACGAUGCCUCCUGCUGCUCCAGAUGGUGUGCUGCCCCCAAGGCUUUCAUCUGCCACCCCGACCAGUCUUCAGGUUGUCUGGUCUACACCAGCUCGUAACAAUGCUCCUGGCUUGCCCAACUACCGACUCCAGAUGAGCUCUUUGAAUCCUACCAAUGAAAUUAUAGAGUUAUAUUCUGGUCCCAGCGCCUCUAUAAUUUACUUGAUUAAUGAUCUCCAGCCAUUCACACCAUAUGACCUAAGAAUUAUUGCAUCUAAUGCAUAUGGGGAGACCAAGAGCAACUGGACCACUAUGUUUACCAAACAAGAUAAGCCUGGGACAAUUGACCCUCCUGUUCUUACUGAUGUACAGUCAAGAUCAAUCAAUAUUACUUGGCAACCUCCACACAAACCCAAUGGUAUUAUAACUCAUUACAAUAUUUACCAAAAUGGCAGGAAGCAAGUGUCAGUUUCUGGAAACAGUUCAAGUUACACGAUGCUUCAGCUGGAUCCCUUCACAAAGUACCAGUUCCAGAUAGAAGGAUGCACAUCUGAAGGAUGCUCACUGUCCUUGGUCUCUUUUGGGGUGCAGACCUGUCCGGAUGCACCAAGCGAUAUUCCUCCACCUGCCCUUCACUCUGACACACCUACAUCAGUGGUUAUUCAAUGGCAGCCUCCUCUUCACCCAAAUGGAAUAAUAGAGAAUUUCCAAAUUGAAAGGCGAAUAAAGGGAGUAGAGAAAAUAAACUCCUUAAUAACAUUACCUGGAGACCAUCAGAUGAAGCAUGUUGACAAAACAAGUGAUAUAAGCCCUUGGACCUUAUAUGAAUACAGGGUAAGAGCAGCUACCAUCAAUGGAGGAGCAAAUACUAGCUCUUGGGCUGAAGUAAGAACAAGACCAUCAAGACCUGCUGGCAUGCAAGCACCUAAUGUUACUGUUCUAGGACCAUAUACAGCCAAGGUCACCUGGAGAAGUCCUCUCGUGCCAAAUGGAGAAAUAUUGAGCUAUGAGAUUCGCAUGCCUGAACCUCGAAUUGCUAUCAUUAACGCUACUUUGUUAAGCCAUACAGUGACAAAUUUAAUUCCCGACACUAACUAUUCUGUAACCAUCGUGGCUUGCACAGGCGGAGGCUCGUAUCAUGGGGGAUGUUCUGAAAGUUUACCUACAAAUGUGACCACUCACCCAACAAUUCCUCAGGGCAUUAGCCCUAUAUUGGUGACUCCAAUCAGUGAGACAUUUGUUGUUGUUUCCUGGCAACCUCCUUCACAGCCUAAUGGACCACAUUUAAGAUAUGAACUCCUGAGACGUAAAAUCCUGCAACCACUUGCAUCAAAUCCCCCUGAAGAUUUAAAUCUGUGGCAGAAUAUUUACUCAGGAACUCAGUGGUUUUAUGAAGAUAAGGGUCUUAGCAGGUAUACAACCUAUGAAUACAGACUAAUUGUACAUAACGAGGUGGGAUAUACACUUGGCACCGAUGUGAAUGUGACCACAAUGGCCGGGCGGCCUAUAAGAGGCAGCGAUGUUACUGCAGUCGCUAUCAAUCACACUGCUAUAGAGGUGAAAUGGUCCAGACCCACAUUACAAGACUUGCAGGGGGCCGUCGAACUUUAUACUUUGGUCAUAAAAUCGCCCAAGUCGAACGAGUCUCUGACGUUACAAGCGUCUGACAACUAUAUGGCGAUUGGCGGUUUGCAUCCAAACACCAAAUACCAGCUUUAUCUUCAAACCUUCAAUGGGGCUCAUAGUAUAAAUGGCGACUCGGUGGACGUGCAAACGUUGGAUGGAGAGCCUGAAGGCAUCUCCCCUCCAGAGGUGGCUGUCAUCAACAGUACAGCUGUACGUGUCAUCUGGACGCCACCGUCAAACCCAAAUGGCAUUGUGACUGAAUAUUCCAUCUAUGUAAAUAAUCAGAUCUACAAGGCGCAGCUCAAGUCCCCCAACCCCUUUGUUGUCGGAGGCUUGUUGCCGUUUAAAGUGUACAAAAUACAGGUUGGAGUUUGUACAGUCUACGCUUGUGUAAAAAGCAACGCUACUCAGACUGCAACCGCGGAACGUCCGCCGAGAGGAAUUCCCCAGCCAGAGGUCAUAGUUACCAGCGCAAGAUCAGUUCAGAUUGAAUGGAGUUCCCCAGAAAAACCAAAUGGAAUCAUUCUUGGCUUUGCUCUUUGGAGACAGACCUUGCAUCCAUGUUCUUCUGCUGAAAAGUUAUGGAUCCAUGGUUUUAAAUCAUGCUCGUAUCUUAAGUGCCAAAAACAUGAAGAUAUCUGUGGAGAUUUAUGCUACAAUCCUAUUAAUCAGGAGUGUUGCAAAGGAGUCCUGCAUAACAGACUGUCGGGAUAUGAAUGUUGUGAGGAGAAAUACAUGGGGUCCGGCCAAAAUUCUUCACUCAUCUGCUGUGGUGAUCAGAAGUAUGUUGUCCAGCCAGAGCACCAGUGCUGCGGAGGAUAUUAUACAAGAGUCAAAGCAGGGGAGGUUUGCUGCUAUGAUAUGCUACAGAACAGAGUAGCGGUUGGCCAGGGAGAUUCCUGCUGUAACGGAAUGCCAUUUUCAUCAUCUGGAAGUCAAGUGUGUUGUGGCAACGCUCUGCAGGAUGGCUUCAAUCAACAGUGCUGUGGUGGAACGAUGAUGGGGAAUGACUUCAUUUGCUGUGGAGAUAAAGAAAAUGGUUCCAUUUACCAUCCAUCUACAGGGAUGAUCUGCUGUGGGACAGAAUAUGUCAAUAGUUCAGAAUCUACCUGCUGCUUGGGUUCCAAUGGUAAAUUCAAAGUCCACUUCAGACCUCGGAACCAGGCACAACUGAAAUGCUGUGAGACGGAAUUGAUAUCAGAGGAGAAAGAGUGCUGCAAUGGGCUCGGGUAUGACCCAAGUGUGUAUGUGUGUUCCAGCAGGCUACCACAAGAACUUCCUACAGAGGAAGAAACAUGCCAUUCACGUGUCCUAUGUCCCAUAUCGAUGCUUUUCACUGCAUACUGUGGUCAGUGCCAUUUUAACCCCAAUACCGAGUCUUGUUUCUUGAGAAAAGGUUUGGGAAACCAAUAUGGCAACAUUAAUAAAAAGGAGGAUGGUUUCUGUGCAAGUGAAGGAGAAGACAUUAUAUAUACUGGAGAUGCUAAUACAUACAGCUUUACUGAUACAACUGUGGAUCCUUUCACUACUUAUGAAUACAGAAUAUACACUUGGAACUCUGUUGGCCAUGGCUUUAGCAAUGUGAGCAAAGUCACAACCAAGCAAGAUAAACCCCAGGGAGUACGGCCACCAAGAUGGACCAAAGUGGACAACCGUGAAGAUAUGAUAUUCUUGACAUGGAGAGAACCAUAUAUGUCAAAUGGCAUUGAUUAUUACGUGCUUCUCCGUGAUGGCGCUGAGCGUUAUAAAGGGACAGAACAAAGCUUUCAAGACAGAAGAGGAAUUUCUCCAUUUAAAGAAUAUAUUUAUCAGUUAAAAGCAUGCACCCUCGCUGGAUGUUCACUCAGCAGAAAGGUGUUUGCAGCUCUCAAACAGGGAGUCCCCCAGAAUGUUCUCCCACCCACAAUCACUCCUGUGAACUCUACAGCUUUACAUCUGAGCUGGUCUACUCCUCAAAAACCCAAUGGCAUCAUAAGGGAAUAUCAAGUUCUUUUGGUGGCUACAGGAAUUAUAUAUUCAUGUUCGGCAGAAAGGAAGCACUACACUGUAACAGGUCUGAAGCCUUUCACAAGUUACAGCUUCACCCUGACAGGCUGCUCCUCGGCGGGGUGCAACAGCAGCGAGCCGGCGUCCGGUCAGACGUUGCAGGAUGCACCUCAGGGAGUGUGGUCAAAUCCCUACCACGUCACGAUCAAUGAAUCAGUGCUGGAACUAUAUUGGAGUGAACCGGAGACCCCCAACGGGAUCGUUUCUCAGUACAGACUUAUACUCAACGGAGAAGUCAUUUCCCUUAGAAGUGGGGAAUGUUUGAAUUUCACAGAUGUUGGCCUGCAGCCCAACAGCAGGUAUUCGUACCAGUUGGAGGCUAGCACUGAAGCUGGAAGUACUAAGAGUGGAAUUUACGUUGUUCAAACCCCAAGUGCAACACCAGCAAAAAUUCCUGCCCCGUAUAAUGUCUCAGUGCUUGGUCCAUUUUCCAUUUACGUAGCUUGGGAUGCUCCAGGUGAGUUUGACUCCGGCCGGCCUUUGGAAUACAAUAUUUUGCUAAAUACUGGCCUCCCUGACUCCCAAGUACAUCCAGCUGGGGGAGAACCGUUUCUCAUUCUGGAAGAGCUGAAUGCUUAUACAGAGUAUGAUGUGAGAGUACAAGCCUGCCAACAUGGGAACUGUGGCGUGGGCCCCCGUGUAUCUACAAGAACCGAUGAAGCACCUCCAGAGGGGCUGGAUUGCCCUCACAUGGUGGCAGUUGGGCCAGAGACUAUUAAGAUUGACUGGAGGCCACCAGUUAAACCAAAUGGAAUCAUCACUAGCUACUUCAUUUAUAGACGCCCUGCUGACAGUGAUGAAGAGUUGCUCGUCCAUAGAUGCCUGGAUGGGAUCUUAGAAUACACUGACUCUACUAAUGGGCUGUUGCCCCACACCGCCUAUGAAUACUGUGUCAGAGCUGAGAAUCCCAGAGGAAGCGUUCAAAGUGUAUGGUCUUUAAUUUAUACCCUUGAAGCCGCGCCUGAAGAACUGGAACCGCCCUCUGUAAUAGUAACCGGCGCGUAUUCAGUAUUUCUUACUUGGAACCCACCUGCUUACCCUAAUGGAAUCAUAAACUACUAUCAUGUCAUCUAUGAGGAAUUCCCUGGGGAGCAAGGCUUUAGCUCAUCAGCAGAAAGAACUCUAACCUUUCAGGGGACAACAUACCAAACUAUGGUAUUCGGUUUGCUACCGGCUACAACCUAUGGAUUUCAUAUUGAAGCCUCCAAUACAGCCAGCAAAGCCUCCAGCACAUCGACGUUAGCACAAACAAUGGAAGCUUCACCGAGUGGGCUCAGCAACUUUACUGUAGAAAAGAACGAGAAUGGCAAGGCCUUGCUUCUCAAAUGGCAAGCUCCGGAAAGAACCAAUGGAAAAAUACAGAUGUAUAAUGUUUUCUGCGAUGGAAAUAUUGAAUACAGUGGUCUCUCACAUCAAUUCUUCUUCCAACGUCUUCAGUCAUAUACCAAUUACACAUUAGUCCUGGAAGCUUGUACUGCGGCCGGAUGCACUCGUGCAUUUCCUCAGCUUGCUCAAACAGAAGAAGCUUUCCCAGCAUCCCAGCUUCCACCUUCAAUCCACUUUGUCAAUUCUAGUCAUGUAGAACUCUACUGGUCACCACCAAUGUAUCCCAACGGGCAGCUAAAACAAUACAAUGUGAUCAAAAGGUGGUCUCCUGAAGGUCCUUCAGAAAAUAAGGACAAUAUGAAUGAGAAAAUUGUACAUACAGAGAGGAACACAAGCAGUGAGAUAUAUACAUAUGUGGAUGGAGGUCUGCAUCCAUGGACAGAGUAUGAAUACAAAAUCCGUGUGUGGAAUUCUGUUGCUUAUACAGAUAGUUCAUGGUCUUUGGUUCGAACAAGUCAAGCAGCUCCUAGACGUCUUCCACCGCCCAAAUUAUUUCACGUGGAAAACAACCCCCACCAACUAGUAAUACAAUGGUCUCAGCCAGAAGAAGAGAAUGGUAUAAUACUCUCUUAUAGGUUACAAAGAAAUAACAUAUCGUUUCAUUUUACCUUUGAUUCUGAAACAUUCACUUAUAUAGACGAGGGCCUAUUGGCUCAUACCAAGUACAGCUACUCCAUAACAGCAUGUACCUUAGGAGGUUGCACCACCAGUGAUGCAGCUCAUAUUCAGACUUUAGAAGCAGCUCCAGCUUUGGUUUAUCCACCAGAAGUGAAGUCCGUGAGUUCCACUGAAAUCAAUGUGACUUGGUCUUCACCACUGCUUACAAACGGAGAAAUCUCCAAAUACAUCAUACAGAUGGAUAAAGACAAAUAUUUUGUUGGAAAGAAAUUAUCAACCCUUGUGUCCAAUCUUCAGCCAUUCACACAGUAUAACAUCAGCCUGCUUGCCUGCACCAAUGGAGGGUGCACAUCAAGUCUGACUACUUCUUUUAGAACAAUGGAAGCCCCACCUUUGGAAAUGAAAGCUCCAACAUAUAACGUCACAGGGCCCAGCUCAAUUAAUUUAACGUGGGAAAGUCCAGAUAAACCCAAUGGGCAAAUUAGAAAGUAUGAGCUCCGAAGGGAUGACCUUGUCAUUUAUGUGGGUCAGGAUACAAAGUAUCACGACUUUGGACUCACACCAGGAAUGGAGUACAGUUAUGCCGUUCAAGCGGAUAACAAUGAGGGGAAUAUAACGAGCCCUUCUGUAAAAAUUAAGACACACCCUUCUUCUCCCUCCGACUUGGAACCUCCUGAGAUUCAAGCACUCAGUGCCCAUGAGAUACUAGUAUCUUGGAGACCUCCUUUGAAGCCUAAUGGUGACAUUAUCAAUUAUACUUUAUCUAUCCGUUGCCCACUGGAAAUGGCAACAAAAAAAUAUCACCUUGACAAUUCUUUGACCUCUCAAAGCAGACAAUCAUUCAUUGUAAGAGAGCUCCAGCCCUAUCACCAGUACGAGGCCAAAAUUGAGGCUUGCACUUUCCUGGGAUGUACUACGAGUGAAUGGGCCAGUGGAUACACAAUGGAAGCUCCUCCAGAAUCCCAACCUUCCCCUCUCAUAGAUCUACAGACCAACCAGCAACAGCCUUUACUUUUAUGGAACAGCCCCAGCAACCCCAAUGGGAGAAUUCUAUUCUAUGAACUCUACCGGAGAAGGAUCUCUAGUUUAAAAGACAACGCUCCAGAGGAACUGGUUUACAAUGGCUCUUCCACUUCAUUCAAAGAUAUGAAAUUGUUGCCCUAUACGGAAUAUGAAUAUCAGCUUUGGGCUGUGAAUUCAGCCGGACGGACCCCAAGUCUCUGGAUCUACUGCAGAACUGGCCCGGCCCCCCCAGAAGGGAUCCUGGCGCCCACCUUUGACACUGUGACAUCUACACAGGCUGUGGCUAAAAUCCCUCCUCCAUCUACUCCUAAUGGCAUUGUAACCUUGUACAGGUUCUUCUCUGGCAACAACACAGGCCCCGACGCAAUUUUGUCAGAAGGAACAUCCAACGUGCAAGUCCUCUACGGCCUGAGACCCUUCACCAAUUACUCCGUCGGUGCGGAGGUCUGCACCUGCCUGAAGUGCUGCAGCAGAGGGCCAAUGGUCCAACUAGCCACCCAGCCGGCCCCACCUUCCCAUCAGCUGCCUCCCCGGGUAACGCACGCCACUUCCAGAUCUGCGUCCUUUGAAUGGAAGGAGCCGGAGUCACCUAAUGGCAUCAUUGAGGGCUAUGAAGUCCACAUGCAGACCCCAUGCCCCCAGCCUGCGCAGGUAGUACCCUGUAUACGAGGAGCCCCUGAAAUAAAGUGCAGGGGAAUCGAAAAGGAGUGUAACGUUACAGAUCUGCAACCGUAUACUCAUUACAGUGUGCAGGUGAUUUCCCACAAUGCAGUAGGCAGCGCGGCCUCUGAAUGGAUCAGCUGUGUUACAAACAAAGAAAAUCCAACGUACAACAGAAACGUUCAUGUGUCAAGUAAUAUUACCACCAUAUUCCUAGACUGGAGCCUCAGCUUCCAGCUCAAUGGAGAUUUAAAAGAAUUUGUUUUAACAGAAAGGGGACAGCGCCUUUACAGCGGAUUUGAUAGCAGCAUCUAUCUGCAAAGGACCAUGGACAAAACUUUAUUCUUUGAGGUGACAUGUACUACGGAUGUGGGAAAAGUGAGCAGUCCGAUAAUUAAAUACAAUUCAGCGACGGGACUUGCUCCGGCACAGCCAUUCCCGAGCGCCAAGAACGGAACGGACUCAAGAGGGAACACGUUCUACACGGAGCUGUGGUUCAUAAUUCUCAUGGCCCUUACGGGGCUGUUACUGUUGGCCAUCUUUCUGUCGUUGGUUCUCCGGAAAAAGAUAAACAAACAGGCGUAUCCUCGAGAGCGACCGCCUUUGGUCCCAGUUCAGCCGAGGAUGUCCCCGGCGAGUGCUUACACUCAACAUGAGACUUACGCGAAACACUCUCUGUCUGAUAGUCAGCAUGUCCUUCUUCCUGAUUCCAUUUUGAAAGUUCCUACAACAUCUCACGAAGGGGAAACUGAAGAGAAGGGGAUAGUGGAACUGAAGGUAUCGGAACUGGAGGCUCACACAGGCCCCAAUACGCCGUCGGUGGUUCGAAAAGCGAGUCACGUCAGCCACAGCUUUUCCCAGAAUUCUCUGUACCGCAGUGCCAGCCAGCUCAUCCAUUCCCACCACAAGAAGUCCCUGGUGGAAAGCUCAUUGUGGGACAGUGCACUGCAGGGCCAUGACAGUGGGAUGUAUACGGAGGAUGAAGAUCUGAUCAGCACCAUUAAAGGUUUCAGCACAAUGACAAAGCAACACACGGCCUUCACCGACACGCCAUUAUAAAUGAGGUCAAGGUUAUUGGACCAACCGGACUGCACCUUCGGCAGCAUUGUAAUAUGACUUUCGAGUCCUAUUAUGGUCUUGAGACCAAAUAUACAGAGAAAUGAUAUCGUUUGCUGACUUUAUCUGGCCUGCAGAUAAUAUCCAUAGACAUUGGGUGGAUUUUAGCACCAGAUUCAUAGUUCGCCACUUGAUAAAUGAAAGACAAAUACUAAGGUCUGGAUCUUAUGGACUGUAAUUGUACGGGCAGCUAGAUGCAACGCCGGAGUCAGAGAGUUAUAGGAAACUGCCUUCUCCUUUUCUGUGCAAGUUACAACUGGAAAAUCUACUCGUGUACCCACCUUUAUUUAUCUACUACAAUGACUGAGAUUGUCUAGUCCAGAUCAAAAACACUCUUUAAAGUGCCACUGUACCCUAAAAUGUUUCUCUGGCAUCGUCUGUAGCACUUAGUAGCAAUUGUCAGGCAAUUAUUCCUGCUAACUGAAUGGAUUUAGCAGCCAUUACUGUCCGCAUUUGGCUGGUCCUUCCCUUGUGAGGUCAAACCAAGUCUCGCUAACCCUGGCCCGUGAUAGUUUCCCAUAGGCAGACAAUGGGAGUUUAUAUUGAAGCUUUGGCUAGCCAGCUGGAGAUAAUGGCAGACUGUGAAGGUUAAUAAUGAAGCUUUGGCUAGCCAGCCUGAGAUAAUGGCAGACCACAAAGAUUCAUAAUGAAGCUUUGGCUAACCAGCCUGAGAUAACGGCUAUUGGGAGAGACUGAUCUGUGACAUUAUGAUAGAAGCUGUAAUCCUGGAGUAAUAACAGGCUUUGGCUAGCCAGCCUGAGAUAAUGGCAAAUUUGGAGAUUGAACUGUGGGGGGGGGUUGGGAUAAAAAGGGAAAAGAUUAAUAACCAAAUCUUAAUAUCCCCAUUAGACCAAUACAAAUUACAAAUAUAAAAUGUUAGUGACCCUUAACUUGUUGAAAUAAUUACAGGGCACAUAUAUAAUGUAGUGAUAUCGCACAACUGUUAAUUCAUUUUUUACCUUAUCUGUGAAUGUUAUUUGGGGCGCGGUGACGGGGGGGGGGGGGGCAAAUAUUGCCAUUAAACAGCUAUAAGAAAAAUCUGUCUUAGUAAAGGUCUUAACGCAUGAAUCAUCUUCUAUUAUGUUGAAAUUAAGGCAUAAAUUU